CGCAUGCUCAGCUCUGAAUCACUGAGAGAGAAUCUGGUGGGGCAGGUUCCACUGCUGCAUGAGGAUUUGUCUGCAUGAAGUUUUUUAGUUCUUGCCAGCACCUAGGGAGCCUUCUAAUUCUUUGGCAAACAUCAAACUGCUUUUGUUUCUCUUUAUGGAAAUAGGUCCCUAUUUACAAAAUGUUAGAUAUACCCACCUGAUUUUUUUUUCCCCCAUCUAUAUACCCUUUCUUCUCAGGGUGAAACUGUAGCCAUCCACUCUCUUCUCCUGGUUUCAGGUGAGGAGUCUGAAUUGUGGGCAUUGUAGUUCUCUUGUCUGGCACAGUUACUGGUUGGGCAACCUUGGAGCCACACCAAGAGGACUUCUAGUCCCAGGAGGCUCGGGAAGCAGCCGUUCAAGUACAGCACACAGAGAAAGGCAUGUUUGGAUGAGUCUUUGGUUUUGGUAGAAUGAUUUCCAUUCACUAAAAUAAUGUUCCUGAACUAAAGAAGAUGAGGCUCAUUUCCACAACUAACGUGAAAGAAGAGUCUGACAAGAAGAAAAGUCAAAGGGGAAGGAGGUGUGGUUAACAAAUGAAGGGGAACAAAAAGUCAAGGUGGCAAAAUGUUAACCAGUGAGAGAGCCCAGUUUUGGUCAGGAGGAAUUUCACGAAGUAAGUCUGAAAGAAAUUUGUUUGACAUGGAAUCCUGGAAAUCCUCAAAAAAUUGCAAUAUUACAGAAUGUCCAAACCCAGGUUUGCUUACCGAUGGACCCGAUGCUUCCACACUUCAUGUCUAUAAUGCUUCCACAGCUACAGAUCCAUUCUGGAAUGAAGUGUCUGCUUCUAAUCCAUUUUUGGAUGACAUAACUCAGAUGAGAAAUAACCAGAAGAAAGAGAAUAUUUCCAUCUUGAAAGAAGAUCCUUUUAUUUUUUUUAGAGAAGUAGAAACUGGAAAUUCUUUCGAUUCCUCUGGUGAUGAACUUGAUGUGCAUCAAUUGCUUAGGCAGUCUUCCUCAAGGAAAUCUGGAAGAUCAAAAAGUGUUUCAGAACUUUUGGACAUUUUAGAUUACACAGCACAUGCCCAUCAGAAUAUACAUAACUCUGGCCAGAUCCUUGAACAAGAUUUAGAAUGGCUUCAGAAUGAUCGAGAGGCUUAUAAAAUGGCCUGGUUAAGUCAACACCAGCUGGUCCGCUCCUGCCUGGAAUUGAAUACAAUUAAUCAUAGUCCUGGAUGGGCCCAAACCCAAGUUGCGGAGACUAUGAUAGUUUGUAAAUUAAACCACCGAGGAGGGUCAAUACAGUUACCUGAGUCAGAUAUCACUAUUCAUGUGCCCCAAGGCCAUGUAGCCAUGGGAGAAUUCCAAGAGGUAUCUCUAAGGGCUUUUCUCAGUCCUCCAGAAGUGCUUAACCAUGAUCUUUCAUGCACUGUAAGUCCACUGUUGGAAAUCAUGCUAGGCAACCUUAACACAAUGGAAGCCAUACUGCUGGAGAUGAAAAUCGGGGCUGAAGUGAGAAAGGAUCCUUUCAGCCAAGUCAUGACAGAAGUGGUGUGUUUACACAGCCUGAGUAAAGAAGGCCCUUUCAAAGUGUUAAACAACUGCUACAUUUAUGAAGACACCAUUCAAGUCAAGCUAAUAGACUUGAGUAAGGUGAUGUAUCUAGUGGCUGCUGCACAAGCUAAGGCUACUCAGCCACCGGCUGCCACCAUCUGGGAUUGUAUCCACAAAACCACCUCAGUUGGAAUUUAUGGGCCCAAAUAAAUCCAUCCCAGUUUCACUGUUGUUUUCACAGUUUGUGGACAUAGUUAUAUACCAGGAAGGCUAACAAUCUCUGAUAUUAAGAAGGGUGGGAAAACAACAUCUCCAGUUGUGUUUCAGCUCUGGGGGAAGCAUUCGUUUUUACUUGAUAAGCCUCAAGAUUUAAGUAUUUCUGUUUUUUCAUGUGAUCCUGAUUUUGAAGUAAACGCAGAAAGAGAAAGGAAUGAAAUUAAACAAAAGAAGUUGCAAGCAGGUGAAGCAGUUUAUCAGCAAAUUUUAUUUUCCUUAAUUGACUCCAGAGAAAUGCACUUAUUUGUUUUCCGUGUUCAGGUAGAGCCUCCAGAUGGUAGACCAGUUACACAGUUCUUUGUCACUACGCCCAGUCCAGCCCCAAAACUAAAAAGACUUUCAGAUAUGUCAGGUGAUUUGCAGGAGAAGGAAAUCAAGGCUGCUCCUUUAUUACCAACGUUGUGUGUUAAAUAUCCCACAUUUCAGGACAAAAAAUUGAACUUUACCAACUAUGGGGUAACCUUGAAGACAGUGCUAAGACAAAACAAGAUUGACUACUUACUUGAAUAUUUAAAAGGCGACGCAGUAGCUCUUCUAGGAGAGGGCAAGAUAAAAGCCAUUGGACAGUCCAAAGUGAAAGAAUGGUAUGUGGGAAUCCUAAGAGGUAAAAUUGGACUUGUACAUUGCAAAAAUGUCAAGUUGAUUGGAAAGGAACAAGUAAUGUCUAUGACAGAUAGUGUCUUUACAACCAGGAAUCUUCUUGAACAAAUUGCCCUGCCCUUUAAAAAACUGACUUACAUCUACUCAGUUGUAUUGACCUUGGUGUCAGAAAAAGUUUAUGAUUGGAAAGUUUUAGCUGAUGUCCUUGGUUACUCACAUCUGGCACUGGAAGAUUUUGGUCAAAUACAAGCAGACAAAGAAUCAGAAAAAGUUUCUUAUGUUGUAAAGAAGUUAAAGGAAGAUUGCCAUGCUGGUAACAAUACCAGGAAGUUUCUUUAUGAACUUACCAUGGCUCUGUUGAAGAUGGAUUGCCAAGGGUUAGUAGCACAUCUCAUCCGAGAGGCUGCUCUUCUGACUUCAGCUGUCAAACUUGGAAAAGGCUGGAGGGAACUAGCUGAGAAGUUAGUAGGACUCACAAAGCAACAAAUGGAGGCAUUUGAAAUUCCUCACCAAGGAAAAGCUGGAGAUGUUACUGUUGAGAUGUGGAAACCUGCCUAUGAUUUUCUCUAUACUUGGGGUGCUCACUACGGAAAUAGCUACAGAGAUGUAUUACAAGAUCUUCAAUCAGCUCUGGACAGAAUGAAAAACCCUGUAACCAAACAAUGGCGAGACCUAACUGGAGCUUUAAUACUAGUAAAUUCUUUAGAGGUUUUGAGAGCAACUGCAUUCUCCACUUCUGCAGAAGUCUAGUAAUGAAGGACAUGUUUCUUGGAGGAGGGAGGAUUGUGUGUAUAUAAGGGAAAGACUUUUUCCAUGUUUGAAAAAAUAUCUUUUUCUGCUGAAAGCACAGACUAACACACAAUCCAAGGAUGAACUUUAUAAUCACACGUUUUGGUAUGUUUCAAAUGCGUUCAUUAUGCUGCUGUGUUCUUCAGAAAGGAAAGAAAAAUGCUCUCCCUUUCAAAGUUACCAUUAAUUUCUUUAUGUUAAAACAAAUGACUGUUAGCAUCAUUAUAUCAUACUGACACCCAGAUAAACUAGAGGCCUCAGAGGGAAUGGAGUUUUACCAGGAGGCAGGCAGGGAGAGAGAAGCAGCAAACAUAGUACUCAGGGGCCAGGCACAGGCUCCAUGCUUUCCGUGCCUGAUCUGUCCCAUCUCUGGGUGGAGUUCUCUCACAUUAUUCCCAUUUUUAAGGUGAAAAGUCAAAGGACUGGAGAGGAUGCUCAGGGCUACAUAGCUAGUAUGAAGUAGGUUUUCUGUCUGCAAAAUCUCAUUUUAUUUUUUUUUAAACCAUAGCACAUAGCAACAUGGUAAGAAAAUUAAAAUGUGUAUUAAAACUUCUAGGGAAAGGAUAGCUAUUUCAUGUUAAUGGAAGCUCACUGCUCUCUUCCACCACCUCUUGAAAGACUGCUGGAAGGAAAAUAUGACAUCAUGAGGAAUCUGUUGUCUGCAUCCAUGGACUGGAGUUUUCACCACUCUCCUCCAGCGUCUUGGGACCCAGCUAAUCCUACCGAACUUGGAAUUUGUGUUCAGGAUCAUAGUUCUUUAACUCUCAGGGAUUUUUUAAAAACCUGAUUUAUCACAUUUGAGUGCAGGAUCUUAACCACCAAAAACACUGCUAUCUGUGUGUGUGUGUGUGUGUGUGUGUGUGUACGUGCAGGCAUCAGAGUGGUUUCUAAUGCUUUUGGAAAGCAAAGAUCAUAUAGGAAUUUGGGCAAGUAUUAAUGCUGACUGCUGGCCAUGUUCACAGAGAGAUGGUCUGUGCUUGCUCGUAUGUUCAAUCCUCUGGGCACCUGCUGGUGUCAAUGUGUUUUGGACAGUCAUUCAUUUAUUGCCACUCAGAGUGUAUGUACCUCCUCUGUGGCAGGCACAUAGAUGCUUGAGGUUAAUAAUGGGAAAAAACAGUGAGAUCUAUUUAGCAGAUCACUGCUAAGUGAUGGAGACAGGCAAUCGUAAAAAAUGGUACAGUUUAACGUAAAAUAGUAAUCUGUAAUAACAGCUGCAAUGGAGACUGAGAUGCCAAGACAUACGGAUAUGGGGGGUCGGAUCAUGUGAAUCGGGAUCAGGUUAGUUUGCCCUGGGGAGGAAAUGAAGAGCCUGAAGGAGGACCCAGCCGCCCUUCCCAUCUGGGGACGGUGGAAGUGGGAGGUAGUUUCUCAGUGCCCUGAAGCCUCAGGAAGGAAAGGAGCAUGGGAGAGGCCGGGAGCCAGGAUGGAAGGCCUGAGCGCGUGAGGAAAGGAAAGACACCCUCAGAGGUAACAGGGAUGAGCUGAAUGGGGAUCUUGUUUAGGGAUCCUGAAUAAAAUAUGUCCAUUUGGCUAAAAAGUAAAAGCAGAAUCUUUUGGGAGCUUUUAAUACACCCACCCUGGGGUAUUUGGUAUGCUGGCAAAAGUAAUUUGAAUUAGGGUUUAAGAACAUCUUUAAAGCUUUUAAUAUUUAUAUUUGAUGAUAAGAGGACACAGACUCCCCAGGGAGGUAUGUACACAUAUUCAAGGACAGAAUUUAUUUUAGUUGAAAAUAAAUUCAGAGAGGGGGAAAAAAAUAAUAUGUAAGUUCAAGACACAAUAAUUUUUACUGGUGAUUUUGCUUUCUUUAGAACAUUCUUGGAAUCUUAUUAAUAUGUUAGCAAACCAGAAAAUUUCGGGAAACAAUAGUAAGGAAUUAAAUUAAUAACUGGGUUUUUCCAAGCCUCAUGAUCUGAGAAUGCAGAGAUCUUGUUAACUGAUUAGUGUAGUAGAUUAAAUAAAUCACUCCAGAUUUACAUCAUG